ACAGCUAGCCUUAUAAACAAGGAAGGAGAAACCGCAGGCUUCGUUUGCGCAAUACUAAAUACUAUCAACGAUACGAUCUCCCUGAACCUCACCGACAGAUUUAAUAAUAAUAAUGUCUGAAAGAAGCUGCUCUGGCGACCAUGGGUGUUUCUUCGUACCCAGUCUUGUUCAAAUCUGAUGCUUAAGAACCUCAAUCCCUCCUCGACUUCCCCUGAGAGUCAGUCCCCUGCAGAUGAAUACAUGGACGACUGGCUCUUUGUCCCUUCUACCUCAGCUGCUUCUCCCCACCAUGAAGAAGAGUGCAGAGAAGACACGGAGGAAAGAGGGAAACUCAUAUCCAAGUUCUUCUCAGCAUGGAAUAGUGUCAAAUAUGGCUGGUCCUUUAAGACGAAAUCAAAUUUGAGCAAGACCUCUCCUGUGAUUAUGUUUGGAAAGUCGUAUCAAAUCAGGGAUCGAGGGGAGAACGAGUGCUUCCACCUCUCCUUUGCUGCUCUCCUGUGGUUGACAUACAGACGAGGUUUCCCUCAGCUGACAGGCUGCUAUCUGACCACUGACAGUGGCUGGGGAUGUCUUCUCCGUACAGGGCAGAUGUUGUUAGCGCGAGGCCUGCUUUUGCACCUGAUGCCACAAGGCUUGACUUGUUCUGCAAGCCAUGUGUUCAAAGAUGAUAUGGAUCUCCUAGAGAUCCGCUCUGAAGCCAGAGCAGUGUGUUUACAGAAUUCCCAAGGACUCAGAAAAUGUGUUCGAAAGCUGAGUUUGGGUUCCCUUCUGGAUAGAUGCAUGGAGUCCACACACAGAAAAAUUGUAUCGUGGUUUGCGGAUCACCCCUCAGCUCCUUUUGGGAUACAUCAGCUGGUAGAGUUUGGCAAAAGCUUAGGGAAGAAAGCAGGGGACUGGUACGGCCCCUCAAUUGUGGCACAUAUGCUGCGAAAAGCUGCAGAAGCAUCAUCUGACCUUCCCAAUCUUGCUGUCUAUGUUGCACAAGAUUGCACCAUCUACAUUGAUGAUGUGAAAGAGUUGUGCGGAAGGCGUCUUGCUGGGAUCUCUGCUGGUUCUAUUCAGACUUGGAAGGCCAUCAUCCUCCUGGUGCCAGUGCGACUUGGAGGACAAGAGCUCAAUCCUGCCUAUAUCGCCUGUGUCAAGAAACUCUUGAACUUGGAAUACUGCGUCGGUAUCAUCGGGGGUAAACCAAAGCACUCGCUCUACUUUGUUGGAUUCCAAGAUGACCAUCUGUUGUAUUUGGACCCUCAUUACUGUCAACCCACGGUGGAUAUAACAAAAAGCAAUUUUCCUUUAGAGUCAUUUCACUGUAAAUAUCCAAGAAAAAUGCCCUUUUCCCGCAUGGAUCCCAGCUGCACCAUUGGAUUCUAUGCAAAAGGUCAAAAGGACUUUGAAAUGCUGUGCAGAGUUGUAGAUGAGGCUGUCUCCACAUCUGCAGAGACGUACCCCAUGUUUAUAUUUGCAGAAGGUCAUAGUCGAGUGGAAGAGGACAAAAGCAAGAGCCACCCCAUCACUUAUAUCCAGAGGAAGUCCAGGUUGAAGAGGGUCGACACUAGUGACAGCAUGGAUGAAUUUGUUCUAUUGUGAGCCAAGUUAGCAAACAUCAGAUAUAGGUUUGAAAAAAAAAAAGUAAAACCCCAAUAUUUAAAAGCAUCACGUUGAAUUUGGGGUCAAGACAUCUGCCUCAUAGUUUUGAGGUUUGGGUUCAAAUCAUGUUACACUCGGGGAAAUGUUUUAUUUUUCUCAUACUGUAUUCAACAACAUAAAACGAGUGCUGUACUAGCAAUAAUGGACACGAUAUAUAGAAGCGUUCCUGUGACAACAUUUCACUGUUCAACAGCAUGUGACUUGGUUUCUUGAAAGAAAAGUAUUGGAAACAUGUGACAUUUAAAAUAACCUAAUGUUGUCAAAGAUAUAGCUGAUUAUGUGUCCUCAAGUGUGAUAACUGGCCUCGGGAAAAUGUAAGCUUGGUGAUCUAUGUAUAUUUUUAAUAUAGUUUUACCUGUGUAAUUUUUUGGAAUAGAAACUGCUGGCUGUGUUCUACUGUGCUGUACAUUUUUCACAAGUAGGUUUAUAAAAUUGAAAAUAUUCGUCUCCUUGUA